AUGACCUAUCCCGAUGCAGUGGCCAAGGUGCUCAAGGCCAAGCCGUUUUGCCCCUUUCCCGCUCCCGCGUCCAGCCGCAGACAGGGCACCGACCCGAGCAAGUGGCUGAAGGACUCCCUGAAGAUACGGCGGGCCAUGGCCAGCGAGCUGGUGAGGCAGCCCCGCGGGCAGCCGCCGGGGCACGAGGCGCGGCAGCGGCCUCCGCUGCCCCUGCGAGGCGGGGGGGCGCACGGCUUCGCGCAGCCGCGUCCUAGCCUGGUGCUGGUGGCGCUGGGGCUGUGCCGCGUCUGCCUGUGGCACCGCAUGGCUGCGCGGAGACCUGACCCCCCAGCCCUGCUCAACUUCUCCCUGCUGGGCCGGGGGGGUCCGUCCCGCCUGCAGGACCAGCUCGGUGCCCACAGCGGGCGGAUGUCCCUGACACAGAUGAAGGCGGCCGCGGCCAGCAUGGGCGCCGGCGACAUCUUCUUCGACUGGGACUGCGCCAGGUCGGUGGAGGGCUACUUCAGGAUGCCGUGGCAGGCGGUCCUCAUCAAGUCCACGAGCCCCACGGCAACGCAGACGAAGAGACGGCAGGAGCAGCCCCGGACCCUCUGGAACAAGAAGGUGGAGGACAAGAUGGCUGUGGACAUGCAGCACGGCAUCGAGCGGCGCAGCCGGAUGAAGCGCGGCCGCGAGGUGCCUCCCACUUUGCGCGCCGUGGCUUCUCUGAACCAGAACCCGAAGUAUUCGCAGGGGGACCGCGGGGAUUCGCGAGUGCAAGAUUGGUGGUUGAAGAUCAGCAGCAGGGGCAUGACUCGCGUGCAUUUGUCUGGUUCCUACGUUACUUGGUUCUGCGAUUGGAUAUCUUCCCCGAUUGGCAUGCCAAUAGAUCUGGAGGCUGAUCAUUUCCAGGGGCAGCCCACGAUGACGAACUUCUUGGCCAACGGUGCGCUGGAUGGGGAGAUUGGCAAUUCGCAGUGGUCCAGGGGCGCUCUGAAAGACAUCGUGGCGAACCAUGAGAGCGUCGUCUUGUUCUUAGUGCCUGACGACCUCAUUGCCAAUCUCAUCAACCGGGGCGGCCACUUCUUCGUGGCGCCAGCGUCGUACGCAGAGCGGCACCAUCUCGAGAUCAUCGAGGGCGUCUUAGGUACCGCCACGCCCGAGGUGAGCGACGCUGGCCUCAGCGACGCCGAUGACGGAGUUGCGCGGCCACGAGAUUACAAGCCUGCUCGCGCGGGGGCUGCUUUGACCGUGCACGUGGCCAGACUUUGUUUGGAGAUGGAUUGUUGGAGAAGUAAUCUGAAGCGAAUUCUUGAGUUGGCCGCCAGGAUCGUCAACCCUGGUUUCAAUGUCGACGAGUUGACCUUGCCUGCGCCAUCGUCCAUUCGGAACGCCAUUAUCAAAUUGGACAUGCUAGUCAUGCUUCGUAGGAGGGUCGUCCACAUGCAGCCCAAUGUGCAACACGUCAGGUUCCUGUGCCCAGAUUCCAGCCCACAGGGGUCCUAUGACUUCUUCAACUGCAUUGAAGAGACGCUGACCAGACCACUGCCGUGGUACGUGAACACCGCCACUGAUCCAUUCAAGUCAGGCGUCGCCCAUAUGAUGUUCCUCGAGGCGGGCAAGGGCGGCAUCGAGGCCUACCGGAAGUCCGUGAAGGGCUUCACCUCCGACCAAGGGGAGGUAGAGGAGUCGAUCAAGGCAUUGCGCGAGAACCGCUUGCACCUUCUGGACGUCACCAAGCAGGCCUUGCUCCCGAGCGCCCUUGUCAUUACAGGUAGUUGGCACAUCAUUUUUAACGCUUUGCAGAACUCGAUUGAGAGCGUGCCCGAGUGGCCAGUCUUUCUUGAGCGACUCCGCAGCGUGACUCGGCUGCUCGGCGAUAAAUCAUUAAAAGACCUGUUGAUUUCCAAGUGUAUGGCCACGGCUGACAGAGCGGAUAGGCGUUUAGUUCACACUUUUGGAGGAUCGCACGUGGACUGGAGGUGGGAACACCUCGAGGAUCUCUUAUGCCAGCUCGUCCACAUCAUGCCAGUGCUUAAGCAGUCGUUCAGCAAAGAGGUCUUCUCCACCGACACUGACAUCACCAGGAAUGUUCCUGCCUUCCUCGACGACCCCUUCAGCUACCCCUUCGUUGCUUGCCUGUCAGUUUUCACGAAGCAGGUCGGAAUGGAAGGUUCCUGGUUCGACGGCUGCUACUGCCGCGAGCAGCAGCUGACCUCCGAGAAGAACCCCUUGAAGCGUGCUCGGGCGAUCCGCGAUCAGACUGGUCAGAACACUUGCUGCUGGAAGGGGAAGAGACUCCCUUCUAUGGCGAUGGGCAGGGCCAAGGAGAUGGCCACGCGAGUGACCGGAGCCACGAACGCCUUGUACAAGAAGGCGUUGUUGGAGGCCCCUCCAGAGGUGGCCAGCCGCGUCGCGGCCGUGGAGGCCAACGUGAAGGAGCGUUGGCGAGCAGAGAUUCUCACGAAGUUCGACUACUACGAGCACUUGCCCCACGUCGUCGGCGCCGCGUGGGCCCCUUUUUGCGGCUACCCUGCGAGCGACUGCAAGCGCCGCAUCGCCGACGCUUUCGCCGAGUUCCAGGGCGUGACGGACCGCAACAAGAUCGACCCUGUGAGCGAGGAGAUCUUCGGCGAGAUGUCGGCCGCGUCCUUGCAGUUGCUCCAGUGGUCGCGCGAGGAUGGGAAGGAUUUGAGAGAGUUCCACGAGGCGUACAGCAUGGUGCACGACUUUUGCAUGACGAGUUGCAGCGAGAGGUGGGUAGAAAGGGCACAUGUCAGCACGAAACUUGCCACUCGCACUAAAACCAGAUGCGCGUUCCCAGCUUUUACGAGUGCACGGCAGCGAAAGCCAGAAAUUAAUGACGUACUCGAUAACCAUUUAGAAUGGGUCAUCCAGAUGUUCCCCAAGGAGUCGAUAUGUUCCGACCUGCUUGAGCAUAUGAUGUCUGCUACUGCGACCAAGGCACUGACUCUGGCGCAGCGCCACGCGAAGGUGUACGGCUACGACCCGUGCACCCACUUCAGGCCUCAGGGCAAGCGUGAGCAAGCUAAUGUAUUGGCCGUCCUUGAUUUACAGUCGAAGCGCCAGGCCAAGCCAGUGGUGCCAGUGACGGUUAGCAUGCAGCUGGUCGUGGAAUUCUUCAAGAGCUCCAUGGCCGCCGGGGACACCUUCACUGUUGCCGAGGACUUGUUCAAGAUGGUCAGCGGGGAGGUGGCUGAGGUCGUUCCGGCGCCCGCCCCGCCUGUUGCUUUCGUCGAUCGGAUCGCUCAGGGGCUCGCUGAAGAGAAGGACCCGCCCGUGUUCGCAGGCAGUUUUGUCUUCUUCGAAGUUGUCUGCUCGAGGCCCGAGGCAAGGUGGCAAAACAAGAGCUUGCGCAUUGCCAGCCGUCGGACCACGAUCGACGUGCGCGCGUGGAGAGGCGUGCCACCUGUGCUAGAGGGAACCACCGUAAACAUGUCAGACAGCGUUUCGGUGACAAUAGACAUUGCUCAGUGGGGUGACUCAGAUGUGUUCCGCCGCGUCCUCGGAUCUCUGUGCAAGUGGACAGUGAAGCCCGGGGUGCUCGAGUGCCGAAUCCAAGCGCAGUCCCUUCUGGAGCUUGCAGCUCCAGUGGUAGUUCCGCCGCUGGAAGGGGCGGAGGCAGGUGCGAUCGUUGCUGCCCCCGGCCCGCCCGCUCAUGCUGCAGGCGUCCUUGCAGUGUAUCAGGCGUGGCAGCCAGUGGACGCAAAUGCUUGCAAGUGCGUGGAAGCGCUGGUGCAGCACCAGGCUUUCGUUGAGGGGGACCAGUGGGUUCAGCGGGCCGAGUUGGAUGGGGUGCCCGACCAGUCUUUCAGGACGUUGGCGAGGCUAGGUGUGAUCUGUGAGCAGACGGAUUCGUUGGGCCAGGAGAUCGUGGCACUCGACCUCGCCCACGUUCAGGUUUCAGGACAGAUUGUGCUAGACAACCCGAAGAAGUUUCUCUAUGGGGCCAACGGGAGGGGUCAUAUCACAGCGUGGUCGAAGUUAUUGCUGAUCAAGAGGGCGGCCUCCUGGGGGCGGGCCCGCGGCCUCCAGGGCCCUCUCGGCGGCCUCAAGGAGAUUCUGCACGGCGCCCAGCAGUAUUACUACAAGGCUUUGCUUUCUUCCGAUGAUCUGUCAGACUUGUGCAAGCUUGAUCACGCCGCGCUGCUGAAGCUGAAGAAAACCGAUUUGCCAGACCCCGUGCCGGAGCCAGAGGCCAUGGCCGACGGGGCCGCGGCGCCCCCGCCCCUGCUCGACGGGAUUGCUGCAGAGGCAGAGGGUGCCGGGGAGGAGGAGGGGCCCGGGGGUGUCCCGCCAGAUGCGCCAAUCCCGCAUAUCGUUGUGCCAGUGGUUGGUCAUGAGCAGCCCGUGCAGUGCAAAGUGGAUGGCUAUAAGAAUGUCACAGUGUACUUUGACAGCUUUACGCACGCGUCGGGUAGGCAGAGGGGGAUGGCCCCGAACUUCGAUUUGCUCGGCGACAAGGCUAACGCAAAGAUCGGAUGGUACAUCUACCAGCUGAGCCGCCUCUGUCGCCGCAUGCUGGGCGGCAUCCGCAUCUCGGAGCCCUUUCAUGGCCUUGGGGGCAACAGGUCCUUCAUGGCGGAGUGCAAGAUCAAGUACAGCCCCGUCAACGUCUGGGAGUCCGACAAGCGGUUCUCUGCGCAUUACAGCAGCAUAGGCUUGGAAGCGCGCGUCGGGGAGAUGGGGGAUGUCUUGAAACUGAAAGACCUUUCCAUUCUCGAGGAUAGCGAGGGCCUGGUGUGCGGUCCGCCCUGCAUCCCUUGGGCCGGGACGGGCUUGCGCGAGGGGAUCUUGAAUCCUGCCGCUGCGUGCUACGACCAGGCGACGCUGUGGAUUGUAGAAUUGGCGUCACGGGGCAAGCUCUUGUUCUACGCUAUAGAGAACAGCCCGAACAUCCUCAACGCUGAGGACGGCGGCAGACGGGAGGCCUACGCGUACAGGGCGUUGGCGUUUCUGCAGGCGCACUUGCCGUAUUUCGUUCACGAUAUCGACACCGUCCAUCUCCACCCGACCUUGCCGCACAAACGGUCCAGGCUUUGGAUCCGCGGCAUUCGGAAGGACUGCACUCGUGAUGGACGGGUUCCUGCGCCCCUCACCGACGACUUCCUUCCGAAGAUUUCCCUGGAGGAUGUGCUUCGCACCGACCUCCCCAACGUUUGCGAGGAGACCUACGGGACGCCGAAGCAGCGGACCAACUUGAAGCAGUUCGUCAAGACCAUCAAGCAGGACGUCGAGAUAGGGGUCGGGGGCAAGAUCGCUGUGGUGGAGAUCGAUCGGCGCUUGGGCAAGAACGCGUUCGCGGCGAAGGUGGAGUGCGACAUGGUGCCCGCGCUCAGGACGUCCGUCAACUUCUUCGUCAUCAGCGCUGACGACCUACACUUGCCCGCGAAGGACAGGAAGUGGUUCCGCCUGCUCCACCCGACUGAACGGCUCCGUCUGCAGGGCCAUGCAGAUGACGCUGACGCCAUGCUCUCGGCCUCGGGCAUUUUGUUCUCUCAGAAGGCAACGGGCAAUGCUUACCCAGUAGCAAUGGUGGCCAAGGCAGUCCUCCCACUCAUGCACGAGAUCUGCGUGUCUGGGGUCCAGCUUGGCGAGCACGCGCGCAGCCCAAUGGAGCUCUACAGCAUGGCUUACCCACCGCUGGAGGAGUCGACUGGCGCCGCGCCGAGCGGCAGCGGCGGUGCCGACAGUGCCGGAGGCAUUGGCAGCGUGGCUGGCCAGCUGAUGUGCCAGAAGUGCGACGACCCCACCACCAUGACGACGAGUCAACCUGCUGGGUCGCGCAACCCCCUGUUGCGCAACUGCACCGAGUGCAACGCGACUAUUCAGUGGAAGAAGCGCAUGUUCGCGGUCCUGAAGCCCGCGAAGGACGGGAAGGAGCACUGCAAGGAGAAGGUCAAGCAGGCAAAGCAGUUCAAGGACCUGCUGGACAAGAUGACCAAGGAUGCGGAAAAGGCUUGGUUUAAGGAAGAGAAAGCCAAGCGCCAGCUUGAGGGCAAGAAUGCCAAGCGCACGUUCUCGGACACGAAGGGAUACGUCAACCGCGAGAGCGCCCAGGAUAAUAUUGAGGAUGACCUCGUGCACUGGGAGCCGUUCGAGCAGUUCGCGAUUCGCGUGAUUGCCUUGGGGAGGUGCAAGAAUGAGAAGGAAGCUGUUCCUCUGUGGAAAGAAGCAUGCAAGGCCCCUGGUGCUAGGGUUGCUAAGGAGAAGGGCGCCCUGUGCCUGGCUCACUGGAAGGGGGUGGAGACGCGCGGGCGCGAUCGGGAGACCUGUGCCACGGGGUACAAGUCCAGCCAGGCCAUCGAGAACAGAGACGACCUCGAGACAACGAAGGUGCACAUGGCUGAGCAGUCCGACAGGUUCAGCAAGAUUCGGCGCAUGAACGAUAUGCAGUUCGGAGUUCUAGAGAGCAGCAUCGAGCCAGGCCCCUUGGCGGAGGCGGAGAUCGACGUGGUCAUGAGCGGAAGGCUGAUGCCGGAGACUUCGGCGGGGUCCCAGCUGGUGUCCAGGGAGCUCGCGAAGAAGCAGCAGGCCGAGGAGUUGAUGGAGCGCGACUUCCAGCUGCAGUGCGAGCAGGCCGCCGAGACUCAAGUUCAGCAGCAGCAGAGGCAGCAGGCGGCCCCGAAGCAGAAAGUGAAGGCCGUGGAGCAGCUCAACCUGAAGUCGCACACCAGCAAACUCCAGGCGGCUUUGGAGGAUGCUUGCAGGAAGAUGUCCGAGGGUACCGACACCGUGGAGAAUUGGGCACUUACAGUGCAGAACAGCGACGACACGAAGCACUUGAAUGAUUUUAAAAAGGACUCGACGGAGAAGGUCAAGGAAGCAAGGGAUGCCAUCACGGCCAUGCGCAAGAAGGUGGACGAGAUGACCGCCGAGUGGGUCAAGUUUGGUGGUGAAGAUCACACUGCCGACGAGUACUUCAAUCAGAUCGCGGUGUACACGAACGAGAGCAAGACGUUCUUCUCCAAGGCUGACGAGAAGACCACAGCGAAGGACGCGGUCGACGCCCUGCGCGCGUUCAAGGUUGAGUGCGAGAAGGCUAUCAAAAAGGCCGCGGCCGAGAGGGCGAAGCAGUUGGCGAAGGCAUCGAAGGCGACGGGCGCACCUGGCGCGACCUCGGUGGCGCCGUCGCAGCCGCAGUUGGCCAAGGUCUUCAAAGACGCGUUCGACCAGGGCAAGUUCGCCAAUGGCAUCAACGUCAACUGGGCUGUGUCUGACGUCUACAAGGGGGAGCUCCGCGCUUGCAUGGUCCCUGGAGAUCGCUGCAAGGCGAUUGCCGAUGCCAUUCGCAAGCUGGACUACUACGCCUCCCAGAAGGGUUGGGUCGAGCAGGCCAUGAAGAAGUCCGCCCAGGAGUACACGAGCGCCGUGGUCGUGAAGAUGGGCAUCGUCAAGAAGAUCGAGGCGCAGCUGUGUCACUUUGGUGACAAGCAGUUGUUCGGGAAUUCGCUGUUGGACGGUGAUGAGAGCGUCCAGGGCUUCUUCCGCCCCCAGUUCUACCGCGGCAAGGAGAACGGCUUCUUCGUGGCCCACUCGACCGAUUACGACCUCGUCGACGCCCGCAUGCUCCUUGAGGGAGAGGAGGUCAUCGCUGGCAUCCGCGCGAACGCCCUCGCGGGGGUCACGGCGAAGGAGAAGUCCGAGCAGCUCUGCGCGCUCAGCUUGGAGUCCAUCGUGAAGCUCAUCACCGAGAAGGGGUUCGCCUUCCACAUGAAGCCCAACAUGAUGUGCGUCAUCCCGAACGGGUUCGCCGUGAUCUACCUGAACUGCAGUACCACUGAGGUCUUGCAUGGCCUCCGCUGGCAGAUGCACGGGGGCAAGAAGAACGUCGAGGCCACUUUGUCGACGUUGGAGCCGAUGGUGCAGAGCAGUCCCGAGCUCGCGACCACCGACGUCGGCAAGAUGGUCAAGGCGCUGCGCGAGGCCUACGCCAACGGGAAGUUCGACGCGUGGGGCGCGGGCUCGGCCCUCCAAGCGCAGCUCGAGAAGAAGCUCCUCAGUGAGUAUGAGCAGCUGGAGCGCUGGAGGAGCGCCACCAUGGACUUGGAGAACCACAUCGCCAGCAUGGCCAAGCAGCUCCAAGAGGCAGAUGAGGAGGUCACCAAAGCGCUGGCGGAGAUCCAGACAACUUCUGGAAGGCAGCCCGAAGCACCUCCGCGCCCAGCCCAAGUCAGUAUCCGUGAAGUGGUUGAAGGCAGAGUCGACCUCAAAGACGUCUUCACCAUGGAUGAUUUCUUGGGAAUCUCAGACGUGGUGGCCUCGCGCGAGCUGGACGAACAGGACAUCAAGGAAUUGGAGCGUCGCAAAGCAGAGGCCUCGGACAGUAUCCAGACCCACCUGGCCAACAUAUUCAAGGGAGCUUUGGAGCAGGCAUCCAAAGCGAAAGAGGCACACCGAGAGCACGUCACACGACUGGAAGGAAAGAAGCGCAAGGGAUUCAGCCCCUGGUCGUCGCAGCGCCCAGCCCACAAGCAGUCCUACGAGAGCUACUCCAUCUACACCAGCCUCCUCGCCAUGUCCGGGGGCGAGGGGAUGCGCCCAGCUACCGCCAACAAGUUCGGGAUCGUGAGCUGCAACGCCAACUCCUGGAAGACGGCGAAGCAGCUGCUAGCCCACUUGUCGACGCUCGGGGACAUCGUGUGUAUCCAGGAGCAUAGGUUGAUUCAAAAGUUCCAGGAUGUUUCAGAAAGACUUCAGAAGCAAGGCUGGGAAGUCUUUGGGUCCAAGGGGCUCAGGCUGCCGUCCAAGAAGGUCUCGGGAGGCGCCAUGAUCCUGGUCAAGGGCCACUUGGAGGCCUGGAGUCCAAACCCUGAACUGGCCCCAGGCCACGAGGGCACGCGCGACUCCGAGCACGUGCACGGGGGGGUGAGGGCCGCCCGAGCGAGGCGGCGGGGCAGGAUCAAGGGCUCCACCGACUUCUGCAUCCAGCGUGCAAUCGCGUUCGCCCCGUACGCCGAUUGCAUCUGGAUGGAGACCGGCAAGCCCAUCCUGGCGCAGGCGCAGCAGUUCGCCCACGAGGCCGCGCGCUCAUCCGCCGCUCGCCUCCCUCGCCUCCCUCGCCUCCCUCCGCUCGCUGGGUCGCGCCUCAUGCCUUGA